UCACCAGCAGGAUCACUUCUGAACCACAUCUUUUACGCGCUGCACGUAUUUACCGACUGACCAGUGCUGGCUACAGCUAGUUCGAGGACCGUGCAGGACGCUGAUUUGAUCAUCGCACCUCGCAUCAUCUCAAAUCUUCGUGUGUCUCUUCGGUGAUAGUUCGCGUUCCAUCGUCGCGAAAACGUUCGCUCGGAAGGUUCAGCUUCCCGCGCGAUAAGCAGGCGCUGCUGCCGGUCGAAGUACUCCUGAAAAGAAGCGCGUCCCCGUGUGGCUUGCUCGCUUCGUCUUUCAUCGUUUGACAUCUUCAAUAACAUCCAAGAUUUCAUUAGUUUAAACAUCCAGUUUGCUGUUAGCAGCAAAUUAUCCUCUUGCAAGCCAAAAAAUUAAAAUGGUAAUGGAGGCAUCACCGUCUCCACAAUCGGUGGGGCGCGAGUUUGUACGCCAAUACUACACCCUACUGAAUCAAGCUCCAGCUCAUCUCCACAGGUUUUACAAUCAAAAUUCUUCGUUUGUCCAUGGCGGAUUGGAUUCUAAUAGAGAGUGCACACCAGCGAUCGGCCAAAAACAAAUCCAUCAAAAAAUACAACAACUGAACUUCCGAGAUUGCCAUGCCAAAAUCAGUCAAGUCGAUGCUCAACUGACUCUUGAGAACGGAGUAGUUGUUCAGGUAUCUGGCGAGUUAUCUAACGCAGGUCAACCGAUGCGUCGUUUUACACAAACCUUUGUGUUGGCGGUUCAGGCUCCGAAAACCUAUUAUGUCCAUAAUGACAUAUUCCGUUAUCAAGACAUGAUCUUUCCCGAUGAGGACGAAGCUGACGUAAGUGGCGGAGACAGCGGCGAGAGCGGCGAGAGAGAAGCUGAAGAAAUUCGCACGGAACCUGAAGAAGAAGAUCACCAGACUCAGGCCCAACAAUUAGGCGCUCCCAGUCAAACUGCUGAACAACAGGCUCAGCCGCCUCUCAUUCCGACGCAACCACCUCCACUGCAACCACAGCAGCCACUGUAUUAUGCUGCACCACCAACAACCGUGGUACAUCCGGUAAUGCGUCAAGUUCUUAACGGAAAUGUUCACGAAGAAGUUCAACUUAAUCAACAGCAACCACAAGUGCAACCUCCGUCACCUCAAACCCAGCAGCAACAUCAAUACAUCGCAGAGCCAACCGCACAGUCGCAGGUUGUGCAGGAGACUGAAUUAAAUGGUGAGCAGCAACAACAACCGCAGCAACAGCAAAGUGACAACGAACCGCAGACACAAACUGAAGAGAGGAAUGAUCAACAGGAGACUGAGACUUUUAACGCAUCCGCACAGGAAACCGAACCUGAACAUCAAGCUUCCAAUGUUACGGUUAACAAUAGCGGACCUAAGACUUAUGCUAACUUGGUAAAGUCUUUCCCGAGCAGUGGCGGUGCUACUAGCCCGCAAGCACCCAAACUCUCUAUGUCUCCGCCGCCAAUGACAAAUCUACGUUUAGACGAUAGAUCGCCAGGACUGCAUCCUACCAACAACGGUCCAACUUCUAUGACUGUUCCCAACAAUGUGUCGACAGUUCAGCAACAAGCGCAUAGAGUUGGCGGUAAUCAGCCUCCGCAGCAGCAGCAGCAGCAACAUCCACAACAACGAGUUCCAAGAGGUGGUCUCGUACAAAGAGAUGGAGAACGACGCAGUACUCGACCUGGUCAGUACAGUGAUGCGCAUCAACUCUUCCUGGGUAACUUACCACACAACGCGUCUGAAAACGACUUGCGUCAAGUGUUUGAGCGGUAUGGCCGAGUUGCCGAGUUACGUGUUCACAGUAAAACAAACGACAGAUGUAAAGGACCUCCCGGAAGCAAUAAUGCCGCCCGAGUACCUAACUAUGGAUUUAUCACAUUUGAAGACCAACAAGUUGUGACAAAAGUUUUGAGUUCUUUGCCUAUAUAUUAUCCUGACGAAAGUGGACAAAAGCUGAAUGUUGAGGAAAAGAAGGUGAGACCUCCUAGAAUGCCGAUGGACGGUAGCGGCGGCAGAUUGAAUUCCGGUGACGGCGGUAUGCGUUCCAUGGGCGGUCAACAAUCCCAACAGCAGCAGCAACGUGGACCAGGUGGACCUGGAGGCGUGAUGAGAGGCGGUCAGCACGGCUCACGAGGUGGCCGUGGAGGAUUUUCGCGAGGCGACGGCGGCAGGGGUGGCGGCAGUAUGCGACAAUCAGGUGGCAAUCCGAGCAAUCCUGGUUACCAACCCCGUCGCUAAUACCCGGCCAAGUACGCAACAGUUAACAGCAUCUUUUUAAUUUUCUCCCUCUUGACUAAAAAAGUCACUGGUACCACCAUCUGUAUCUGCCGUCUUCAUUUCGAGAAUUUUGGGAUCCAGGACUAUUUCGUCUGCCACUCGACGUCUAUAAGCUUAAAAAACGUCGCUUGCAACGUUCAAGAAACAAGAGUAACGGUCGAUCCUAGAUUAUGAUUAGCUCAAAAAAAAACAAAAAAAACAAAAAAAAAAAAAACAAAACCGUACGAAAUACGAAACUCGAACGCGCCUUCCUCGACGCGUGUCGGAAAUCUCUUGGACAGAGGAUUCCGCGUGCGAGUCCUCACGCGAGAGUUGUUUCUUCAAUGUGACUCAACGUCUGUGUUUACCAGUCAGCAAGCUGAUAAUUGCCGGUUCGAGUUCGUUCUUCGUACAGAUUCGGGCAAUCCUGCAGGACUUUACGAAGCCCACACUAAAAUGGAGUGCGAACAAAACACGUGCAGCCGUGUGACAAAUCCGAAAGGAGCUUCUCAAAGGAGAACGUGAACCGAGUGUGGUAAAAAAUUAUAGUGAAUGGUAAACAAAAAGAAAAAAAAGAAAAAGAAAAAAGCGACGAGACGUGAUCUGAAGUCGGGAAAUUGUGUCGGAACUCUUUGUGGGGUGGUUUUUUUAGAGUAUCAUACGUUAUUUGUCACUCCUAGGUUGUUUCUUUCAGCCGAUCACGAGACAAGAAGACAGCAGAACUGAGGUUUUAAAGUGUACACAGAGCGGACACUUGUGGACAAGAUUGAAGGAAGAACUCUACGGAGUGUUGUGACGUGCGUAUUCUCUUUGCGCUUUCGAGUCGACUCAUCAACCGCCGAACAGAACGUCUCACGGUGUCGUCACGGGCGAAGAAUUGGUGUAUAGAUUAGAAAUCUUUUCCCUACGGACCGAAACUUCUGUCAAGUAUUGUUAAGACGCGCGACUAUAAAAUCGCCGGGAUUUUGUCCCGGUUGCACGCAACAAAACAAAAAAGAGCGGCGACGACAGUCUAGUUUCUGUUCCGCUGAGAUAUUUUUCUUCUAUUUAUACAGCCGAUCAUCGAUCGAUUAGAAUCGAUCGUGACUAAGUAAUCCUUCUUUCUCUUCUCCCUUUCCUUUCUCUUUCCGACUGUUUUUUUCAUAGUUCCUCGCUCCAUUCGCCAAUGCGAUCCAGAACUUGUUCUGGUCUUUCCUUCCUUUUCGUAUUUCUUUGUUAUAAUUUUCCUCUCCUUUUUUCUAAGCUACCCCCAUAUAGAACGUUGUCCUCUUUUUAUAGUCUUUCUAUUCUGGCAUCUACCUCCCUUUUCCAACAUACUUAUUAUUACUUUCGUUAGAUAAAGUUACACAAAGAUCGCGCGCGCGCACGAUUUAACGUUGUAUCGCCCGAUCGCUUAAUUAUCGCUUAAUUAUCGCUCGCGAGACGGCGUUUUUUCCUUUUUGCGAGAGUCAACAAUUGUCUUCUGGUAAUCGCAGAAAUUCGCGGUGCGCGUUGAAUCGCGACAGAUAACGUGUAUCCGAUGCAAAAUCUCACGCCUGAGAUUUAAAAAUCGCUGAAAAGAAAAAAUAAUAGCAAUUUACUGUAUUCAGUACAAGUAGUUUUUUUUUUGCAAGCUUGAUGAAAAAUUUAUAUCGUUUAUUGUUAUCGUGACAGUCAAUUGUCACAAUCAAUUGGUAUUUAAAUUAAUAAGUAGAUAAAUUGUAAUUGUUGUUUAUAUUGAAAAUUUUUUUUCGGCCACAUUUCCACGGACAGGGAAAAAUGUUUAAAAUGAGCAUGGUUUUUCAUUACAUUGACGAUGUUUGCGUGCAUACAGCGUUUAUCAGACCACUUUUUUUUUUUUUUUUUUUUGUAAAAGUACUGACUGAAAUAUUUUCGAAAAUUGUAUCAUCCGUUAGUUUCUCUUUAGACUCAUUCGUUUUCUUGUACUUCUCGACGCAGUGAUUUCGUAGCGGGUUUAUUUUUGAGAGACGCGGUGGAAAGGUUCUAGUCACAAUAAAACAACACACACAUACAGCUCGCACGCGAAAAGUCCUGCGAUUAUCAGGGACUGAACAAUGCGUCUCUCUUCCGCGGCCUAUCAAACUCCCAUAUCUUUACAAAAACUUUAACCUCACGGGCGAUUGAAAUUCGCUCGCAGUUUUUUUUUUUUGCAGAAAGUAAACAAUUUUGAAAAUUAAAUAUUUGAUUCUCGUAACGCGAAAAAAAGAGUAGCGGAACGAGAUCUUCGCACACACACACGUGCCAUUUUAUUUACGACAGAGAUGAUGCGACAAACAUUGAAAAGUUGAUUCUUCACGAUCGAAAAAUUUGUGUAUUUACGAUAAUUUAAACAUUUAUAAAAAUAUAUUAUGUAUAUCGAGGAGCGCGCGUGCGUGUACGUGUGCGUAUAUAUGUGUGCGCAGAAAAUACGAAAGAAUGUGAAUGUGUGAGUGCGUAUGUGUAUAUGAGUGAUAUACGCAUGUAUGUGUGCGUAGAGUGAGUUUUAGCCGGUUUGUAUUUCUCAUCUUUGCGAAAUCACGGAGGGAAUUAUUAAUCUACAUCAUCACGCACGAGCGCGACUUCGCAAUAGUUUUUAAUGAAAAAAAAAAAAGUGUGUAUCGGGCGACACUUCGCGUCUGGGUUCUGACGACUGCGUUUCUUCUCGCGAUUCUCUCGAGACUGUUCAGCAUCCCGACUUCGUCUAAUGUUACAUUUUUUGUUUUUUUUUUAAACUUCCUAGAAACUAUAUUUGUCAUUACGACGUAGUAUUAAUCUCUUAGCGCGCGAUGUCUCUCUCGUUUGAGAUGUUUGUUCCGAGACGACAGCGAUGACGGCCGCGAAUGAACGAUGCGGUCGUUAAUCCCCAAACCCAGACGCGGAUAAAGGAAUAGGUUUUGCGUAGCUGCGCAUCUGCGGUUUUUUGCUAUAAUAUAUUUUCACAAUUAGCAACGGAAGAAAAACCAACUGGACAAAUCCUAUUCUACGGACAAAUAAUGUGUCCCCUCGUCUGAGAUAAUACAUCCGAAAUAUGCAUCUUACUCUUAUAUACUUAUAUAUUCUGUUAUAGAAUUAUAUUAAACGCUAUGUAGGAAGAAAAGAAAAUGGAAGAUUUGACCCGUCGAAUCUUUAACUCUUUAUAAGUUAGUUUAGUACGAUUACAAACGUUUUUUGAAUUUUUGUGGAUAGGCAUUGCCAUCUUAGUAUUGUUAUAAAAAAGAAAAACAAAAAAAAAACAAAAAAAAAACAAUUAUGAUCAUUAAAUCUUAAAUCAGAAGAAUACAGGAUGGAGCAUUUAACUUUAUCACUUCUCUCUUCCUUGCGGCAGAAACUAGAAUGUGUUUUAUAGGAAUUUUAAAAAUUUAUAAUCGCGGGCGAUGAAGAAGUAGAUUGUUUUUUUUUUAAUUUUUUUUCUUGUUUUGUCUUUUUUUUUUAUUCUCUCACACACACACACACACACACAUUGUCGUUUUAUUUUCGAAAAUACUGUAUAAGUAAUUUAUGCUAGUAGAAAACUUUUUAGCGAUAUAUGAUGCUAAUUUACUGACUUAAUAAUAAACGAAAAAACCGA